UCAACCCCACAAGCAAGGGACAGCCCUGUUCAGGCGUUCCCAAUUUAGGUAUCUCUGGGGAGGUAGUCGGGUGGGGUGAUCAACGCGAGAUAACGUAAUGGCGUCCAGAAUCCUGUCCCGAAUGUCAUUAGUCGCGCCAACGCUCCACCCGCUAGCCCCCCGCGUCUUCCGCCGCUCCCUUCGUGCGCUCGCCCCGAGCGCUCUCCGCGGCCGCCAGCUCACGCUGCCGCCAAGCUACGCGCGCGGAGGCUCUUCCCGCCUCGCGCAUUUCGUUUCUCCACGCGCGGACCUCUCCGCGACAUCCGUAUCGGCGGAAGCAGCGCCAGCAGGAGCUUCCGCGGAUGCGACCAGCGCGGAAGCAGGAGUGUCGGGUGCGGAAGAAUCGCAGAGCAGCGGCGCUGGGGAAGGGGGGAAGACGCCCAGAGCCGGGACCCUGACGUUCCAGGACGCAAUUCAGCGACUCCAGGAGUACUGGGCGGGCGUGGGGUGUGCGGUGCUGCAGCCCAGCAGCACGGAGGUGGGCGCGGGCACCAUGAACCCCGCCACCUUUCUGCGCGUGCUGGGCCCCGAGCCGUGGCGCGUGGCGUACGUGGAGCCCAGCAUGCGCCCCGACGACAGCCGCUUCGGGGAGAACCCCAACCGCGUGCAGCGCCACACGCAGUUCCAGGUCAUCCUGAAGCCCGACCCCGGCAAUGCCCAGGACCUGUACCUGGGCAGUCUGGCGGCGCUGGGCAUCGACAGCCGGCAGCACGACGUGCGGUUUGUGGAGGACAACUGGGAGUCGCCUGUGCUGGGCGCGUGGGGGCUGGGGUGGGAGGUGUGGCUGGACGGCAUGGAGAUCACCCAGUUCACCUACUUCCAGCAGGCAGGGGGCAUGCCACUAUCGCCCGUGUCGGUGGAGAUCACAUACGGGCUCGAGCGCAUCAUCAUGAGCCUGCAGGGCGUGGACCACUUUAAGCGCAUAGCAUAUGCACCGGGAGUGACAUACGGCGAGCUAUUUCUGGAGAACGAGCGCGAGAUGAGCGCGUUCAACAUGGACGAGGCGGACACGCAGCGCGUCAAGCAGCGCUUCGACCUCUACGACGCCGAGGCGCAGGGGCUCAUCGACAAGAACCUCGCCAUCCCCGCGUUCGACCACGUGCUCAAGACGUCCCACGCGUUCAACAUCCUGGACGCCAGAGGCGCCGUGGGAGUCACUGAGAGGGCGCGCUUCUUCGGCAGAAUGAGGAGCCUGGCGCGUCAGUGCGCCCAAUUGUGGGUCGACACGCGGGAGAAGCUCGGCUUCCCAUUGGGCCGGGCGGAUGCUGAUGUGGCGCAGCCAACAGGCGACUCGUGGCCGUCUGCUGACGUGGCAUCAGGGAAUGGAGCGGGGAGUGCAGGGGGAGAGGAGGGCACGGGGCGGAUGCUGGUGCUGGAGAUUGGCACGGAGGAGCUGCCGCCUGAUGAUGUCAGCACCGCUGUUGCUCAGCUGCAAGCAGCCAUCCCCGCGCUGCUCGCCCGGCUGCGCCUGCCCCACGAGUCAGUGCGUGUGGACGGCACGCCCAGGCGGGUCACGGUGCAGGUGGCGGGGCUGGCAGCGGGGCAGCAGGAGGAGCAGCGCGAGGUGCGGGGGCCGCCGGCCAACAAGGCGUUUGAUAAGGACGGGCGACCCACCAAGGCUCUAGAUGGCUUCUGUCGGCGUAACGCGGUAACAACGGAUGCAGUAACCACGCGCCCAGACGAGAAGGGCGUGGAGUACGUGUGGGCGAGUGUGAGGGAGGAGGGGCGGCCCGCGUGGGCGGUGCUGGGGGAGCAGCUGCCUGCUGUGAUCGCGGGGAUCGCCUUCCCCAAGACCAUGCGGUGGAACUCGCAGGUGGCGUACAGCCGCCCCAUUCGGUGGCUGCUGGCGAUGCACGGCGCCACGGUGGUGCCCUUCGCCUUCGCAGGGCUGGCGUCGGGCAGCGAGUCGUGGUUGCUGAGGAAUGCGCCAGAGACCAGGGUGCAGCUGCCAUGUGCGGAGGACUAUGCGUCAGCCAUCAGCGGUGCCGGCAUCACUCUCUCCAUCGAGGAGCGCAAGGAGGCGAUCUGGGUGGCAAGCAGUGAGUUGGCAGCAUCGGUGGGCGGCAGGAUUCCCGAUGAUGCCCGAGGGGCGCUCCUUGCUGAGGUGGCAAAUCUAGUGGAGUCGCCCGUCCCCCUUCUGGGAAGCUUUGACCCCAGCUUCCUUGACUUGCCACCCGAGGUGCUCGUGAUGGUGAUGAAGAAGCAUCAGAGAUACUUCCCUGUGGAGGACGCAGCUUCUGGGAAGCUGCUUCCGCACUUUGUGGCGGUGCCGAAUGGGCGGCUGGACGAGGCGGCCGUGCGAGCGGGCAAUGAGUCGGUGCUGAGGGCGCGCUACGAGGAUGCGCGCUUCUUCUACGACAGCGACACAGCGCAUCCUCUGGAGUCCUUCCGGGAGAAGCUCAGAGGCAUCACCUUCCAGGCGAAGCUGGGGUCCAUGCUGGACAAGAGCGAGCGCGUGGAGGCCAUCACGCCACUCCUCUGCACCGCACUGCACCUCUCUCCCUCGCUCUCGGCCGCAGCGCAGCAAGCAGCGCGGCUGUGCAUGGCGGACCUUGGGACGGCCGUGGUGAUGGAGUUCACAGGGCUGGCGGGGAUCAUGGGGCGGCACUAUGCGGAGAGGGAAGGGCUGGGAGAGCAGGUGAGCAUGGCCGUGUUCGAGUCGGUGCUGCCGCGAUCAGCAGGGGACCAGCUGCCGUCCACAGCCCCUGGCCUCGUGCUCUCCCUCGCCACCAGGCUGGACAGUCUCGUGGGGCUGUUUGCCAUCGGCUGUGAGCCCUCCGCCUCUGCGGACCCCUUCGGUCUGCGCCGCUCCGCCUACGGCCUGGUGGAGGCCCUGGUGGCCAGCAACACAGACCUGCACCUCUCCACGGCGCUGCAGGCAGCAGCAUCUGUGCAGCCCGUGGAAGUCACCCCCGCCACGCUGCAGCAGGUGCAGGCCUUUGUGGUGCGGCGACUGGAGCAGUAUCUGGUGGACCGGGGGGCGCCGGUGGAGCUGGUGCGCAGCGUGCUGGAGGAGAGGGGCGCCGUGCCCGCCCUCGCUGCCAGAUCCGCCGCUGAGAUGGAGGAGCUGCAGGCGGGCGGGCAGCUGGAGAAGGUGGUGGCGGCGUAUGCGCGGCCGACAAGGAUCGUGCGCGGGAAGGACGUGGACCUGGAGUGGCAGGUGGCAGAGGAGCUGUUUGAGUCGGACGCGGAGAGAACUCUGUGGGAUGCAUUCAAGCAAGUUGAUGCGCAGGUCUCAAGCGACAUGAGCAUCAAGGCCUUCGCCGAUGCAUCCAUGGCUCUCAUCGACCCUCUGGAAGGCUUCUUCACGAAUGUCUUCGUUAUGGCAGAGGAGGAGCAGCUGCGCAAGAACCGCCUGGGGCUGGUGAGCAGGAUCGCUAGACUGCCGGAGGGCAUUGCUGACCUCACUGUGCUGCCGGGAUUCUAGGGUCUAGGGUCUAGGUGUGCGGGUUCGCAGGCUCAGGGCGUGUCACUAAAGUACGUCCGAUUACGGUUCGCAAAUAUAUUUUGCGUUCUGGAACGUUCAAUAAAAAAUCUAGAACGGUUCAGUAUGGUAUUUUGCCAAAACGAUUUUUAGUGACACGCCCUCAAUGUGCUAAGCGGCUCACAUGUCAAGCGCCUCGGAGAUGGGGGUCCUGCCCUGGAGGUCGGAUAGUACUCUGAGGCUUACUGAACAACAUUGGCAGAGUUCUUUAAAGGUACCAAAGCAGUGUCUGCUUCUCCAUAAGGCUUCUCCACAACAUUCCUGUCAGCUGACAAGCUCAGUAAUGCGUAUUGUUGGAAAUAUCUCAAGGA